AUGACAAGCUUACAAUCAAAGAUCUUAAAUCUUUUGGAUGUGGUUGGGGGAAAGCUAAAACAAAAUAUUGUUGAAAACCACUCCUUGUCGAACGUAAAUUUUUUAUUGCACGGAAAUUUACAUACUGAUGACAACUCAAGCAUGUUCGAAACAAUUUAUUUCGACAUCUGUGAAGCCCCUAUUGUAAGCACAGAACCUGUAAACAAACAGUUAAACAAUGGAAGUGAAUCUCCAGUAAUUGAAAAUGCAAAUUCAAAGGAAAUUGAUAAUAAUGAUUCAUCAAGCCGCACUCAUAUUGAUAAUCUAAGUCGACAAAGCUACAACAAAAAUUCAAUUAUUAAUAGUAUCAGCAAUGGAGAUACCGAUGACAACUCAAGCAGGUUAGAAACAAUUGAUUUUGACAUCUGUGAAGCCCCUAUUGUAAGCACAGCAUCUGCAAACAAACAAUUAAACAAUGGAAGUGAAUCUCCAGUAAUUGAAAAUGCAAAUUCAAAGGAAAUUGAUAAUAAUGAUUCAUCAAACUGCAGCAAACAUACUGAUAAUUUAAGUCGACAAAGCUACAAGAAUGAGCCAAUUAUUAAUAGUAUCAAUAAUGGCGAUAUUCAAGAAGUUAGUAUUUUGUCGAAAGAACGAAAAAUUCCAGUAAGAAUUACACAGCGCAAAGACAGUAAAGAUAAACCGAAGAAUAUUAAAACUCGUAACACCACGCGUCAUCGACUGGUGUUUCACCCCAAUUACCACAACAGAUCAAUGGUUUGGGCCAAUCAUUUAGAUCUUGUUCGCAUGGUGAUGCAUGGAACGUUGGUUUAG